AUGGGAGCCUGUUGCUCUGUGUCUAAGGGCACUGAACUUAAUAGCUCACAGACCUUUCAUGGAGAAAAUGUGCCCUUAUCAACUCACCAUGAGGCUGUCUCCGCUCAACCUACUGGGCUCUUGGUAGACACAAAUUUAAAUACCACGGCCCCUGAUAGAUAUCAUCCUCCACCAGCGAACAACACUCAGUCUGUUGGGGAUGUUAACUCAGGCAGCAACUUGGAGACAAAAGUGAAGGACAUUGAAUGUGACGAAAAGGGCAGUGCAAAUAUCGAGCUGGGGGCAUUAGAGGAUGAAAAAUCUGAGGAUCUUAAAGCGUCGAUUGAACCUAUGGUCCCACCCCUGCAGGAGGAGGAGGAUGUCUGUCCAACUUGUCUUGAAGAGUACGAUGUGGAGAACCCAAAAAUCAUAACGAAAUGCAAACACCAUUUUCAUCUGGCCUGUAUUCUAGAAUGGAUGGAGAGAAGUGACACCUGUCCUGUGUGUGAUCAGGAAAUGAUUUUCAGUCUGGCUGAAGGAGGAUAA